AUGGCUUCGACGCCCAUGGAUCUGGACCAUCGCGAGUCGACUCCAGCCAACGGGACCUCGCUCAACAUCACACGCUCUCUGGCAACCAGCAACACCACACCAUUGAGCGAAGUUAUAUCGUCGUUCCGUCCUACAAAGCUUUUCAAGAGAGAUGAUAUCAAAGACGGCCGUCCGCAGCCGCAUGUCCUGUCCCUCGACUUCGAUGACCCGGGCGAGCUUCUUAUGACCUCCGAGAGCGACGAGACUAUCCAGAUUUAUAAUGUUAAAGAUGGCAAGCAUGAAAAGAGCUUGCUGAGCAAAAAGUACGGCGUGAAGUUGGCGAAGUUCACACAUACGAGCUCCAGCAUCAUAUACGCGAGCACGAAGCAAAAUGACCAGAUCCGAUAUUUGGCUACCCACGAUAACUCCUUCAUCCGAUACUUUGAGGGCCACGAAAAGAGCGUGACGGAUAUUACAAUCCAUCCGGGCGCCGACAACUUUAUCUCUUGCAGCCAGGAUAAUACUGUGCGCCUCUGGAACAUCUCGACGAAGCAAUGGUGCGGUCAACUGAACCUCAACUCUCCGUAUCUCGCCGCAUACGACCCGUCAGGGCAGACCUUUGCAGUCGCCUGCCCGAGCAGUGGCAGCGUUCUGUUAUAUGACUGCCGCAACUACGACAAGGCGCCCUUCGCGAUCUUUGAUCUCGUCGACGUGGGCAGACAUGUGGACUCGCAGUUUGUAGUCAGGGGCUGGACGAAGCUGGAGUUUUCAAACGACGGCAAGCAUAUACUGGUCGGCACUCGUGGCCCCGGCCACUUCCUACUCGAUGCUUUCGACGGGAGUUUGAAGGCUUACCUGCGCAAGCCUGAGGGAGGAAGCCGGCGUCUGGCGGCUGGUGAGACAGCGAGCACCAUCAAUGGCAGUAUGCCGAAAGUGGACCAGCCCACAAUCGAGAGCAGCGGCGAUUGCUGCUUCUCCGUGGACGGCCGUUACGUUCUGAGUGGCGGUACGAAGGAUGUCCUGGUCUGGGAUAUCUUGACACCGCCCCAGAACGAAACCAAGACGCUCAAUGCCACCUGGACAUUGGAGGAUAAGCGAGAGGCGGCGGUGUUCGCAUUCAAUCCGCGAUACAACUUCUUCGCGACAGCAGAUCAAGAUGUGCUGUUCUGGGUGCCCGAUCCUCAUGCAUGA